AUGGCGGGCGUCGCAACCGCAACCUACUCUGCAGAUGCGCUACCGUCGCCUGGCGGCGUAGACGGCUCGCAAUGGGAUUUCGCCGUGCCGCUUGGAAAUGAGGAAAAUCAAAACCCCUCGAGACCACGCCACUCACACGACUCUAAUUUGAUCCGCGCGAAAUCCGCCCGCAAGCGUAAUUCCAACGGCUCACGCAGUUCCUCCGUCUCUCGAACCGUCCACACAAACGAAUCGCCGUAUCUGACUUCCAGCCGGGGACGGAGGGACCACAGCCUUGGCCGACGUGGGAGCGAAGUUGGCAGCAUGCGAGAUGCCGCUGGCUACGAUACGUCCAGUCGGAAAGACAACGAGGAGGGCAAGGAUGGACUCAAAUUAUACCUGGAAGGGGAAACGAGCCAGGAGAAGUGGAUCCACCGCGACAAGCUGGCAAAGAUUGAGAGCGAGGAACUUCACCAGGCGGCUAUUCUUUUCCAGCGUCGUAUGAGAGGAGAAAGCAAAUCGAGCGCGGGACGAGAGAGAAGCCAUGAUUCUCACCAGAGUGCUGCUAAUGGGACUGGUGCGGCCACUUCGCCUGCGGCGGAGUUCUCUGAGCCCUGGCCAGAAAUGCGGGGAGAACCCGGCAAGCGUGGUGUGAACGACCAUGUAGAUGACGAUGAGAGGAAGCACUGGGAUCUUCGCCGACCAGAGGAGAUUGCUGCCGACGAUGCAGCUACCAGCAUCUACAGUAACCCCAGCCUUGGGAAAAGCGCAUCCCGAAUACCGGUUUCAACAGCCAGUCCGGUGCCCAUCCCAGGCAUAGGCCGUGAUUCUCGUGGACCUCGCAGCCGUGCAGCAACAGACGAAGAUGACGACUGCUCUUCACGGGGCCGGAGAGCCAGUGAGCCUAUUAAUAUUGAGCAGGAUGGUUCGACUCCAUCUCCGGGCAGCCGACCGGGCAGCCGUGGCUUCGGUACCACCCCGAACACCCCAGGCAAAAAGAACCCAAAGGCUACAGGCUCUACCAACCGAAAGACUUCUGCUCCGCCCACGAACAGGAAGACAAGCACCGCCCGCUCCCGUGCUGUGUCGGGCAACACUACACAGCGACCUACGACCCGGGGUGCUGACAGUCGGCCAACAACUGCGGCCAACCGCCCCGAGGGAGAUCCGCCAUGGUUGGCAACCAUGUAUAAGCCUGAUCCUCGCCUCCCACCAGAACAGCAAAUGCUUCCUACCCUCGCCAAAAAGAUGCAACAGGAGCAAUGGGAGAAGGAAGGCCGGACACCCAACACGUACGACCGCAACUUUGCACCCAUCGCAGUUCAUCCAUUCGAUACACCUCCUGUUCCUUUCAAGGUCGAAACAGAACCAGAACAGGAACAGCAGCCCGUCGAAAACCUCCAGCUCGAGGAACUUCCUCAACCGCCUAAGAGCCCCGAACCCCCGCGACCAAACACCAGCAUGGGAUACAGCACCAUGCCAAAGGUGCAGGAUACACCCCCAAUGGGACUGACACCCAAUCCCAACCCCAAUUGGAACCCGCCGGUUGUCACCGCACGCGAGCAACCGAAGAAAGAGAAGAGCUGUGGAUGCUGCAUUGUGAUGUGA